CGGCCGAUAUAGAUAUAUCUCUUUUAUUUAUAAAUAAGACUUGACCGAGAUUUACGUAUUUCAAUUUUGUUAAAUAUGUGCGACUUGACAGUGAGAUGAGCAAAGUUUUAUUUGCAUUAUGACAAAAACGGAAUAUACUAAUAUGGGAAAAUUUCUCUUCCUUGUAUUGACAGCACUGAUUUUCAGCUAGAAGCUGAAAGUAGCAGUUUGAAUUUGAAUCCGGAGCCAGAGUGAGCCAGAGUAAGUUAGACAGUCAGACUAGUUAGACGCGAAGCCACGCAAAGAAGAUAUGCACCCGAAUUUGGCCGGACGUCGAUCGUCCACUAAUCCUGUACGGAUAUCAAUGUUCGAGCGAGAGGACAGGAAUUUAAUUAGAACUGACCGGCGAGCUACAGCAACGUUGAAGGGAGCUGCGAGCAUCGAAACUUCGCACAUUCCUCGACCUCGUUUCAGGAGCUCUUCCAGCGAUCGAGCGGGAUCACUCGGCAGAAAGUCGUCCUUCAUAAAAACAGCAGGUAAGAGUCUGCUACGUCAACAGACAAUGACUCCAGUCAUGCCUGAGAGGUCUUUGAUUAAACACAAUGCAGCGCUUACAGCGAGCUCGAGUAGGCUUCAUGUACCGUUACAAAUGAAUCGUUCGUCGUCUGCUGAUCGUGCCAGCAGCAGUAGUGCUAAAGGGCCCAGAAAGGACACAAGGCCCUUGAUGGAUAAAACUUAUCAGAUGAUGCUGGUAAAUAAGAUAGACGAUUUCUUCCGUGUAAACCAGCGAUCAGCGAUACUCAACAGCAAUGGCAGCUUGAAACCGAUCACUCUAAAGAUGUUUGUGGAAGUUUCUGACUAUCUGCUGAAAUUCUUUGAUGCUAAGCACGAGCUUACGAUAGCAAAUUAUGUGGAGGAGAUACCAAAAUGUGCGAAGAAGCUGCAUUAUCCUGGUACAAUCACCAAGUCAUGCCUGAAGACCGCUAACACGAUGCACUCAUGGCCUCACGUUCUUGGAUGGAUCGGCUGGCUGGUAGAAGCAUGCCAAAUGAGAGAAAUAGCGUUCGAUACCUAUACACUAAAAACUUUGCCGUUUAUGGGAACUGACCAAGAAGGUCAGAGCUCUAGAGCAGAGUUUCUAGCACUGUUGGAGUGCUAUAAACUUUGGAAUGACGAAAAACAUGAGGAGGAAGCAGAUUUGCUGGAAAGAUAUCUGCAGGAUGUUUUAAUACAACAGGGAAUCACUGAGGAGGAUAUAAUUCAAGCACGUAAAGAGCUAGAGGAGGACACAUUAAAGUUACACAUGAUGGAAGAAGAAAAUAAAGAAGUUGACGAGAAAGUCGAACAAUUAAAAAGGAAACUGGUGUCUCUGCAAGCCAAAGAAGCCACGCAGUUGAGCAACAUCAAGGCCAAGGAAGAGUACAUAAAAGAGAUCUCUGCUGAGAAGAAACAGUUAAAUGCAGACUGCAAAACUUCAAACGAUCAACUUCAAAAAGGUAAUGUAGAAUACGAAAAGUUAGUCUCGACCGUGAAGAAUCAACCCAUGUCAAAGGCUGAGAAGGAGAACAUCUUAAAAAAGUGCUCGGAAAUUCAAAACUAUAUGCAUGAAUUUGACAAGCAUUUGGAGGAGUAUGAAAAAGAAUUGUACACUUUAGAUAUCAAAUUCGCGUCCUUCAAUAAUAAUCUUAAUAAAGCGAUAUUGGCAUACAACAAGGAGGUCUUCAUGCACAUUGAUAACGCCUUUGAUAUAAACUUUGACGAAUUGAAGCUCCCAGAGAAAGGAUUGUUGAAUCCAAAGAUAAUGGAUACACUGGAAGAAAAAGCUGCUCUAACGAAAACGUUUACAAAUCUAUUAGCGAAACAGUGUAUCGAGACACAGUCUCUCAUUCAUUCUGACACAUUGGAACUGAAGAAGCUGCAAGAAAAGAUCAAAUCACUGCCAGAUGAAGAUCACAUGAAACAAGAGAAGUCUGCCAUCAGUAAGCUGAAGGCAGACAAGAAGAAAAAGAAGGCAGAUCAGAUAAAGAAGAUAGAUGUUUUGAAAAAGGAGAUUAAAGAUAUACAGGAUGCAAUGCCAGAUAUCAAUAAGAUCGAUCUCGAGAUAGAAGAGGCUACCGAAAAAUUGGAGGCGGUCAAUAGAAGGAAAGUAUUUCUGGAGGCGUCCGCCAAACGGUUCUUCGACGAGUUGUAUCAAAUUCUCAAUGAGCACAGAGGCGAGGUUUAUGAUCUCUUGGCAAAAUACAAGGAUCAUACAUAAACAACGUCGUAUUUUUUUUAAAAAGCAGAAAAAUAUUUCUAUCAGGAUCAGCUGAAGAUUCAACUUCUGAAUAAUUUCUUGGUUUUUAAAAAAAAAUUUCAUUGUACUUUAUGUUACAACAUAUAUUAAAUAUCUUAAAAAGUACAAUAAAAUUUUUUUGUUUGUUUGUGGAAGUUUCUGACUAUCUGCUGAAAUUCUUUGAUGCUAAGCACGAGCUUACGAUGGCAAAUUAUGUGGAGGAGAUACCAAAAUGUGCGAAGAAACAACGUCCUAUGGUUUUAAAAAAAAAGCAGAAAAAUAUUUCUAUCAGGAUCAGCUGAAGAUUCAACUUCUGAAUAAUUUCUUGGUUUUUAAAAAAAUUUCUUGGUUUAAAAAAAAGCAGAAAAAUAUUUCUAUCAGGAUCAGCUGAAGAUUCAACUUCUGUAUUUAUAAAAUUCUUUUAUUAAAAAAAUCUUUGUACAACGAAAAUUGAGCUCAAACUAACAUACAAAAGGCAAAAAAAGAAACAUUUUAAUAAUAUUUUAUAUUUCGCUGAGCUUAAUUCUUUGUAUUUAUAAAUACUUUUUCCCUCUCUCGUUCGCUCGUUUCCUCCUUUUUGUAAAAUGAUACAAGAGAGUUCUGGUAUGUAAAAUAUUUUUAUUCUAUUAGUUCUAUAUAUGUCAUGACAAUAUAUGCAACUCGCAUCUUUCGCAUUUUUCUUCCCCCGUUUUUGCUCUUUAAAACAAGUUUUAAUAUAAUCUGUUGAGUUACAUAGCUGAAACAUGUGUCCCUUGACUCCACGAUGUACAUGAUACAACAUGAUAGUUGUCGAAUAACAGAAGGAGUGUUAACGAAUACUAUAAUACAUGUUACAUACAAGAUGGUACAAUAAAAUAUCCACCUUUCG